AUGCAGCAGCAGCUUCUCUCAGGGACGGCGGUGCUGCUGAGGCUGAAGCAGGAAGGAACCGGGUCUGGAUCAGAACCUGAGAGGCGUUUCUGUGUCUGCAGGUCUGAGGCCGUCUGUGUGUCUGUCUGUCCUCAGGUGAGCAAGCUGCCGGUGGAGAGCUGCGAACAGCACAGCAGCUGCUCCGCCUGUCUGGGAUCAGGAGACCCUCACUGCGGAUGGUGUGUCCUCUUCAACAAGUGUUCCAGGAAGGAAUCCUGUGACCGGUGGGAGGAGCCUCAGCACUUCAACACCCGGCUGGACCAAUGCGUGGACAUCUCUGUCACCCCGAGCAACAUGUCCGUCACCUCGCCUGCCACUCAGCUGACCAUCAGGGUGCAGAACGUCCCGGAGCUGUCGGGCGGGGUCACUUGCGUGUUCGAGGACCUGACGGAGACGCCUGGACAGGUGCAGGGCAAAGGUCAGGUGGUGUGCAUGUCGCCGUCGCUGAAGGACCUCCCGGCGCACAGCCCUCCCUACGGAGAGAAGAGGGAGGUGCAGCUCAGCCUUCGCUCCACAGAGACCGGACUGCAGUUCAUCUCCACCAGCGUGGUCUACUACAACUGCUCCGUCCUCAGCUCGUGCACCUCCUGCGUCAGCAGCACCUUCCCAUGUCACUGGUGUAAAUACCGUCACAUCUGCACCAACAACCUGCAGGACUGCUCCUUCCAGGAGGGACGGGUCAGCGGCAUGGAGGGCUGUCCUCAGAUCCUCCCAACCGCCGACAUCCUCGUCCCCGCCGGGAUGGUCCGUCCAAUCACGCUGCGAGCUCGGAACCUCCCACAGCCUCAAUCGGGUCAGAAGAACUAUGAGUGUGUGUUCAACAUCCAGGGGAGGGUGCAACGCAUCCCUGCCGUGCGCUUCAACUCCUCCUGCAUCCAGUGUCAGAACACCACGUAUACGUAUGAUGGAGACGAGGCCGGAGAUCUGCAGGUGGACUUCUCCAUCGUCUGGGACGGAGACUUCCUCAUCGACAAACCUGCCUACAUGAAAGUGUCGCUCUAUAAGUGUGAAGCUCAGCGCUCCAGCUGCGGUCAGUGCCUCAAAGCGCCCUCUGUCUUUGAAUGCGGGUGGUGUGUGGAGAGCAGGAAGUGCCUCCUGCGGCAGCACUGUCCGUCCGCCGAGCAGAACUGGAUGCAUCAUGGCCGCCACAACGUGCGCUGCAGCCAUCCGCGCAUCACUAAGAUCGACCCGCUAACCGGACCGCGGGAGGGCGGGACCCGGGUGACCAUCGAGGGCGAGAACUUGGGUCUGCAGGUGAAGGAGAUCACUCACAUCCAGGUGGCCGGCGUCCGCUGUAACCCGGUCCCAUCGCUCUACAUCAGCGCUGAGAGGAUCGUCUGCGACAUGGCGGAAGCGCUACUCCCCCACUCCCCCGGCGGACCCGUGGAGCUGUGCAUCGGCGUCUGCAGCGCAGAGUACCGGACUCUGUCUACCCAGACCUACUCCUUUGUGAGCCCAAGUUUUACCCGGAUCCGUCCGCUGAAGGGGCCCGUUUCUGGAGGAACCAGGCUGACAGUCAUUGGUCGACACCUGGAUUCCGGCAGCGGAGUCACCAUCUACAUCCACAAGGAGGAGUGUCUGUUUGUGAAACGCACCAAUCGGGAGAUAGUCUGCAUAACUCCCGCCUCCUUGUCUGGCACCGGCCCCGCCCCUGUGCGUCUGAUGAUCGACAGGGCCGAGGUGACCAACUCUGACGUGGGUUACAUCUACACCGACGACCCGACCAUCUCCAGCAUCGAGCCCAACUGGACCAUCCUGAAUGGCAGCACAGUGAUAACCGUCACAGGAACCCACCUUCAAACCAUCCAAGAGCCCAAAGUUCGAGCCAAAUAUGGAGGAGUGGAGACCAACAACUACUGUACGGUGGUAAAUGACAGCACCAUGACAUGCUUGGCGCCUGGUCUGAUCUACAACAAACCCAACCCACCAGAGGAGGCGCUGCGGCCCGACGAGUUCGGCUUCAUCUUUGACCAGGUUUCUUCUCUGCUUGUUCUCAACUCCACCCCUUUCACCCACUACCCGAACCCCACCUUCGAUCCGCUCGGAACGUCUGGGAUCCUUGAGGUGAAGCCGGGCUCUCCCAUCAUCCUGAAGGGUAAAAACCUGAUCCCUCCGGCUCCUGGAAACAACCGCCUGAACUACACGGUUCUGAUUGGAGAUUCUCCUUGUCUGCUGACCGUCUCUGAGAACCAGCUGCUGUGUGAUUCUCCUGAUCUGACAGGAGAACACCGGGUUGUGGUNCAGGUUGGGGGUCUGGAGUACUAUCCCGGUAUGCUCCACAUUUACUCCGAUAAUACCCUGACUUUGCCCGCCAUCAUCGGCAUCGGGGCCGGCGGAGGCAUCCUGCUCAUCGCCAUCAUCGCCGUACUGAUCGCUUAUAAGAGGAAAACCAGAGACGCCGACAGGACGCUGAAACGCCUGCAGCUGCAGAUGGACAACUUGGAGAGCAGGGUGGCGCUAGAGUGCAAAGAGGCUUUCGCAGAGCUGCAGACUGACAUCCAAGAGCUGACCAAUGACAUGGACGGAGUAAAGAUUCCUUUCCUGGAGUAUCGCACCUACACCAUGAGAGUCAUGUUUCCUGGGAUAGAGGAGCACCCUGUCCUCAAAGAGCUGGAUUCUCCUGCUAAUGUGGAGAAAGCUCUACGUCUCUUCAGCCAGCUGCUGAACAACAAGAUGUUCCUGCUCACCUUCAUCCACACCCUGGAAGCUCAGAGGUCGUUCUCCAUGAGGGACCGAGGGAACGUAGCCUCGCUGCUGAUGGCCGCUCUGCAGGUGAGGAGCAGAGGUUCAGCGUCGCUAUCAUCAGUCGAUGGCAUAGAUCCUAUUUAUCUCCUGUCAAUAACGCAGAGUUUUAAUGGAAUAUCUAUUCGGCAGAAUGAGGAGACGAAGCAGAAAACGCUGAUGUGCAUCCCUCCGGAGGGCGAAGCCGGAACCGAGGUUCCGGUGAAGGUUCUGAACUGUGACACGGUGACUCAGGUGAAAGACAAACUCCUGGACGCCGUCUACAAAGGCAUCCCGUUCUCUCAGAGACCGCAGGCCGACGACAUGGACCUCGAGUGGCGACAGGGCCGCCUGACCCGGAUCAUCCUGCAGGACGAGGACGUGACCACCAAGAUCGAGAGCGACUGGAAGAGGCUGAACACGCUGGCUCACUACCAGGUAACAGAUGGCUCGCUGGUGGCGCUGGUCCAGAAGCAGGUUUCUGCCUACAACAUCGCCAACUCCUUCACCUUCACCAGAUCGCUGAGCAGAUACGAGUCUUUACUUCGGACGUCCAGCAGUCCAGACAGCCUGAGGUCCAGAGCUCCAAUGAUCACCCCGGACCAGGAGACAGGGACUAAACUGUGGCACCUGGUCAAGAACCAUGAGCACAGCGACCAGAGGGAGGGAGACCGGGGAAGCAAGAUGGUCUCUGAGAUCUACCUGACCAGACUGUUGGCCACCAAGGGGACGCUGCAGAAGUUCGUGGAUGACCUUUUUGAGACGGUGUUCAGCACAGCCCAUCGCGGCUCUGCUCUCCCACUGGCCAUUAAAUACAUGUUUGACUUCCUGGACGAGCAGGCCGACAAGCGGGCCAUCACCGACCCAGACGUCCGGCACACCUGGAAAAGCAACUGCCUUCCUCUCAGGUUCUGGGUGAACGUCAUUAAGAAUCCUCAGUUCGUGUUCGACAUCCAUAAGAGCAGCAUCACGGACGCCUGCCUGUCGGUGGUGGCACAGACCUUCAUGGACUCCUGCUCCACUUCUGAACAUCGACUCGGCAAAGACUCGCCGUCCAACAAGCUGCUCUACGCUAAAGACAUCCCCAACUACAAGAGCUGGGUGGAGAGGUACUACAGGGACAUCUCCAAGAUGCCCAGCAUCAGCGAUCAGGACAUGGACGCCUACCUGGUGGAGCAGUCCCGUCUCCAUGGCAACGAGUUCAACACCCUGAGCGCGCUCAAUGAGCUCUACUUCUACAUCAACAAAUACAAGGAAGAGAUUCUGACGGCGUUGGAUCGGGACGGAUACUGCCGGAAACACAAGCUGAGGCAUAAACUGGAGCAAGCCAUCAACCUGAUGUCUGGCAGCAGCUGAGACCCGGACAUGGAUCCACGGGGCGGGGGGGUGGGGGUUCUCUGAACUGUCAGAACCAAACGGGUCCGAGUCAAACGGGUCGGACAGCAACAGCUUCAACAUCACCAGCGAUCAAUCCGUCAUUAAUUAUUGAUCAGAUGGAUUGAUUGGCUGAUGGGCUCGUUGGGACCCAGUGGAUCAGAACAUUUCCUGGGAUUAACGGAUUCUGGAACAACUGGACCGAACCUGCUGAGGACUGAACUCAGUUUGCCCAACGAGAAUGAACAGUGGAUCCCAUUCUGGAUCAGGACCCGGUCCCAUGGUUAAAGAAGGUUCUCCUCACAGGUCGGACCGACCCGGACCUCACUGAUCCUCACCGCUGACCCGCCCAGCUCCAUCUGGACCUGUUAGGAAAUCAGGGUCCGCUCAUGAAGGAGAGCGUUUGGUUUGGACGAGCCGACCCGGAAUCCACAACAUCUCUUGGUUCUGAUCGGAUCAAGCCGAGCCGGGUCGGGAGUUUUCAUCCGGACAAUCAGUUUUCCCUCAGCACACUGAGCCCAACGCGUCCUGACCGACCACUUCCUGUUCCUGAGCCUCCCGUUUGACCCCGCCCCCUGCCUCCUCAUUGGUCAGUCUGCUGGCCAGGAGGAUGUACUGCCUGACCAAUGAAGACUGUGGAAGUCACCGCUGUGACAGAAACUGAAUACAUUCCAGCACAGGUACGCCGCCAACCUUUCAGAACCACAUUUUUCCGGGCCAGAACCACCUGCGGACCACGCCGCGGUCUGACCCGCCUGCCCGAUCACAGCCAUGCUGCACGGCGCCGUGCUAACCCUCCCCGACAGGGGAAAUACUGUGCAGAGCUACAAGCCCAGUGCCAUGCAAAGUCCGGACCAGAUCUCCCUCAGGACUGGACUGGACUCGGACCAAAUCCAGAUCCAGAACAAAGAGAAUGGAGGCUAAACUGGACCAGACUCCAAGAACUCUUAAGACUUGUGGCCAUAAUUGUAAACAGGAAAAAAAAAGGAAAGAAAAUGAAGCUAAAAACGAUAAAAUAAUGAAAAGAAUUCAGACGAACGGAAAAAAAUAUGGAAAUGCUAACAUGUAACCAGAACUUUGUGGGUUUUUUGGAGCUGGACUUGUACAAAGAUAAACAGAACUUAACAUCCGAGUCCGAAGGAGGACAGAGAGCCUAAAGAGGGAUCGGACGGUACCGACCGGCCCAGAUCCGACACGGCCCAGUGGGCUGCAGAUGCAGACACAGUUUGGACUUUUUGGUACUUUUUUAUGAGCAGAACCAGAGCUCUGUGGGUUCAGGCCUUUUUUAGAGGCUUUGGUUGUUUUAGAUGUUGCGUCUGCAUCACAGUGAGAGCGUCUGCAGCCUGCAUGGGGUGGGGGGAGAACCGGGUUUGGACCAACAGAACCAGUCUGAGAUGAUCUGUGCUGGAAUAUUUUCCCUUCAUGCCGCCGGCUCUGCGGUCCUCAGAAAACAGAACCCGGUACUGUUCUAGUAGCCGGGUUCUGGUUCUGAUCCGUAGAGUCUGGUUUGGAGCCGCAGGGUGUCAGAGGAAUGAAAGAUUAACACAUUCGCUGCGUCCGAACGUCCGCCCUAAUCGCUGGAUAAUGGUUACGCCAUUUUAAAUGUAUCUGAUCUCAUCGCAAAGCAUUAUGGGAUUUGUUUUCACUCUGCGACAAUUAGCAAAGAUGGCGCAGGCACCGUGCGGGGAGGCGGAGUCAGCAAACAGUAGUGAUCAUCUGUCCGAACGGUGCGUUAAGUUCACCAUAUAAUCCCGGCUCUAUAGUGAGGGAGGGAUUUAGGGUUAUGGCGGACGUUCGACACGGUCCUAGAUUCUGGGUUCUUCUUCUUCUCAGGUUUAUAUUUCUGCUCCUAAUCGUUUGGAUUCUGACCCAGAAACACAAUAAGCUGCGAUUCUGUCGUUAAGAUGUUUGGGAAAGAAGCAAAGCGAGAUCAAAAUCAACAGUUCCUCCUUUUUGUGUAGCAGCUGCUGCCACCUGGUGGUCGGUUGUUGUCACGGCGCUCAUCGUCUGUUUCCAUGUUAAUUAGUGAGAAGUGUUGGACGGUUCCUUUAACAUGGAGGUGGAGGAUGAGGGUUAUGGUUGGUGGGUCAGUCGGUGAAAAUGUUCCAGCACUGCUGAUCACCUCUUUAGACUCUCUGUGAUGCCAUGAAGAUACGAAGCACCUUUCUUUUCUUUCCUGCCGAUGUUUCACUGUCAUUUAAAUCUGUUUGGGGCCAAACGGACCCGGAGGGACGGGUUCUGGUGUAAGACUGCCUUUUUUUUAAGCUUUGUUGAUAGAAGAGGGAGGGAAGCCACUAGCGUACCAACACCACUGUUCCCCCACCGCCGCGUGUCUGUGUCUCCCCGCUGCCGCAGUGGAAA